GGGACAGAGAGGUGGAGUGAAGAAAGGGCUGGUGGGAGCUCUGGCUUCCCAUUGCCGUGUCAUUAAUGCUUCCUUAGAGGAUAAGGGGCUGGACUGGUGGCUCUGCCACCCAUCCCCUCAUCCGUGGUUAUUCUUACAAAAAGGACUUGACUAACUUUGUUUUGUGCUUAUUUGCAUCUACCUCCCACACUCCUGUGAGUUCCUUGAGGGCAGAGGCCAUGUAGGAAAUGCUGCUGAAUUUCUAGCACUCUGCCUGGAUAGAACUAUCUCAUUUCUAAUUGGUUGAGUGAUCUGGGAAGCACAUCAUAAGGGGCACAUUUCAAACAGCAGUCUGAAGGCCUGGUGGUGGGAAAGAGCUGUUAGAGAUGGGCACAGGCAGUUGGAAGCCAUAGCAGAGUUUUUCACAGGGGAAGGACAUGAUGAAGAAAAGCCAGGAUUCUGCUUUACCUAGAGGAAGUUUAAAACCAGCGGUUCCAGGGCUCUCCUGCAUUCUACCUUUCUCACGCCCUAAAGUUGAGAAGACCGAAAGCGAAGGCAAGAAGAGGACCCGGAAGUAGGGAGGACCUCCGAACACGUGAUGGGGGAACCUGCGGGUGAUGUCACGUGACCCACCAACCUGCCGCUGCUCCUUGGUGCGGAACAUUCCGCUGUUCUUAAAGCAGGCAGCUGGAGCUAGGUCGGGCAAUGGGGCGUUGACCAGUCUCGCCUGUCGCAGACCCUCAUCCACCCGGUCAGAGCCAACUCGCUGACUUUGGACCCUUCGGGGGAUCUGAACUUGAUGCCAUGGGAGGUUGUGAGGGCUCCAGGUGGCGCCUUCCAAAUUCCGAGAGGGAGGAAACCACCUCUGAGCCCCAAGCCCCUCUGCUGGAUCGUCAGAGUGCACAUUGGAAGAAUGCGGUGGGCUUUUGGCUCCUGGGCCUUUGCAACAACUUCUCUUACGUGGUGAUGCUCAGUGCUGCCCACGACAUACUUAGACAUGAGAGAGCCUCUGGGAACCAGAGCCAUGUAGACCCAAGCCCGAUGCCCAUCCCCCACAACAGUUCAUCUCGAUUCGACUGCAACUCUGUCUCCACAGCUGCAGUGCUCCUGGCUGACAUCCUUCCCACCCUCCUCAUCAAGCUGCUGGCUCCUCUAGGCCUUCAUCUGCUGCCCUACAGCCCUCGGGUGCUCCUCAGUGUUUGUUCUGCGGGCAGCUUUAUCCUGGUUGCCUUUUCUCACUCAGUGGCAAUCAGCCUGUGCGGUGUGGUCCUGGCCAGCAUCUCAUCAGGUCUGGGGGAGGUCACCUUCCUCUCACUCACUGCCUUCUACCCCAGGGCUGUGAUCUCCUGGUGGUCCUCGGGCACUGGGGGAGCAGGGCUGCUGGGAGCACUUUCCUACUUGGGCCUCACCCAGGCUGGCCUCUCCCCACAGCACACCCUGCUUUCCAUGCUGGGGAUCCCUGCCCUGCUGCUCGCCAGCUAUUUCUUGUUGCUCACAUCUCCUGAGUCCCAGGACCCUGGAGGAGAAGACGAGGCAGACACUGGAGCUCGGCAGCCCCUCAUAGGCACAGAGACCUCAGAGUUGAAGCCAGGCUCCAGCUGGAACCUCUCCCUCCAGGAAAGAUGGACCGUGUUCAAGGGCCUGCUGUGCUACAUCAUCCCCCUGGUGCUGGUCUACUUUGCUGAGUAUUUUAUCAACCAGGGACUUUUUGAGCUUCUGUUUUUCCGGAACACAUCCCUGAGUCAUGCUCAGCAGUACCGCUGGUACCAGAUGCUGUACCAGGCUGGCGUCUUCGCCUCCCGCUCUUCUCUCCGUUGCUGUCGCAUCCGCUUCAUCUGGGUCCUGGCCCUGCUGCAGUGCCUCAACCUGGCCUUCCUACUGGCAGAUGUACUGUUGACCUUCCUGCCAAGCAUCUACAUGGUCUUCCUGAUCAUCCUUUACGAGGGGCUCCUGGGGGGUGCGGCCUACGUGAACACCUUCCACAACAUUGCUCUGGAGACCAGUGACCAGCACCGAGAGUUUGCCAUGGCAGCCGCCUGUAUCUCUGACACCCUGGGGAUCUCCCUGUCGGGGGUCCUGGCCCUGCCUUUGCAUGACUUCCUCUGCAGUCUGCCCUGACACUGGUUGGAGCCCAGGAUAGACUGACCUCUGGGCAGGUCAGAUGGCCAGGCCUGCCCCAGACCCCAUCCCUGAGUUCUGCCUGGCCUUCCCCGCCAGGCCUGCAGGGUGGGAAGUGCUGAGACCUGUUUCCCGUGACCAUGGGACAGCCAUCGUCUCCCACUCUCAAGCUGGUCUCGGGAGUUUCUUCAUGGCAUCUUGCCCUCUGAAUAAAUGCCUAUUUUAUCAACUGA